UGUCAUGUACAUCUGCAUGGUAUGUCUACCCGGACCCUUUAACAAUGCUGUGCAAUUGCACUUUCGCCUGAUCGGCCGACUGUCAGGCCUGUGCCCACUCGAUGCGUGGUUCAACCAGCUGUUUGUGCCCGAUUUCGAACUGGUAGUCGUCACAUCAUCAUGGCCAGCAGUGUUGCAGGGGGUAUGCAGAGAUGGGCUGGACGUGUUGCCUUGGUAACAGGUGCCUCUUCUGGUAUUGGUCAAGCCACAGCGAGGGCACUUGCAAGACACGGCAUGAGAGUAAUUGGCUGUGCCAGGAACAUCAAGCCAAUUGAGGAUGAUGCCCAGGUUUUAUUGGCAGACAGCACUGUCACCGGCUCCCUACAUGCCAUCAAGUGCGACCUGACACAAGAGGAUGACAUCCUGGCAGUGUUUGCCCAGAUUAAGGAGAAAUUUGGGGGUGUGGACGUGUGCGUGAACAAUGCCGGAAUGAACUAUUCAGGCUCACUGGCUUCACCUGAGGGCGUGCUGAGUGGAGUGACUGCUAAAUGGCGAGACAUGCUAGAUGUGAAUUUUUUAGCUGUGGCUAUUUGCUGUCGAGAGGCUGUGAAACAAAUGGAGGAGAAGGGAGCAACAGACGGUCAGCUGUUGGUGACCAACAGCAUGUCUGGUCACCGAUUGACUUCUAAAACCAGUCAUUUUUACGCCAUCACCAAGCAUGCAGUGACUGCCUUGGUUGAAGCUGUCCGACGGGAACUCAAAGAGAAGCAGAGUCGUAUACGAAUCGCACAAGUCUCACCUGGCUUAGUGGAGACGGCAUUUCGAGAAAGAAGUUAUCCAAAUGACGAUCCUGCAACCUGCCGUCAAUUUUAUAAAACGCUCAAGCCACUGUCUUCCGAGGAUGUUGUGGAAAGUAUGCUGUACGUACUGCAGGCUCCACCCCAUGUUCAGGUACAUGACAUCCUUAUAAGGGCAACUGACCAGAAAGUAUGAUUAAAAAGAAACUCACUUUUAUAAUAAAACUAAAUUUCUUGAAAAGAAGUUUGAAAUGAAACUCCUGAUUAAAUGGGUUGGUUGUGGUCUCAUUAUAAAAUGAAUUUUAAUGGAGAAAUUGUAAGGACAUUUUAGCAAUGCUGAUGUUAUUAAAACAUAUAGCAGGUGCUUGUCUCGCACUUUGGAACUUUCUUUAAAGUACUAAAUUUUUGAAAAUGGAGAUUCCAAUUGUAGACGUUUGAUGAAGCUGCGAAUUCUGCUUUGAAUUUCAUUAUAGAUGUUAAAAAGUUAAAGAGUUAUUUAUUUGGCUUCUUUCAACACAUACAUUAUUUUUCUAGGUUGAAGCAUAUUGCUUGCAAUACAUAGGGCCUAAUCAAGUCAUGUUUAUGAUUACUGCAUAUUAUUACAGUCAAGGUUUAAUUUUGCAAAGGAAAUGUGACAUUGAAAGUAGUUUUAAUAUUUUUUUCUGUGUCACUUAAGGGUAUAUGGGGCUUUAAACUUGUGAAAUAUACACGAUGCAUAUGCUUCUAGACCAAACCAAAGCUUCAGCAUUGAACUGUUUUUAGUGCAAAAAGUUCCUACUUUGUCUCCAGUUUCAACAAGGGUCAUAAUUGUUCCAGUUCUCUGUGCGUUUCUCACCCCUUCAUCUUUUGCACGGAUGCAUGCAUAAGAAGGCUGUCACUGUUCACACAUAUUGAUUGUCAGUUGUGAAUUUGCUCAGAAUUCCUUAACAGAAAAUAGAAGACUAAAGUGACGAGGAAAAUAAUAGCUCCAGGGUUGUCAGCAAUCAGCAGAGGAAAAUGUAACUGACCCAAAGGGGUCACUGCUGAAAAACAAGUUCAAAAUUAUUGCAACAGCUUUAUACAGAUUUUGGUAAUUUUCUGUUACGCUUUCGUUUACAAACCCUUAUGUAUCAUCCACUAUCUCUUUGUGGAUUUUGAUGUAUCUGCGACGUAAGGGAGGAUUUCAGGGUAAAUGAAAUCACAUUAAUUGAUUGGUGCAUAUUGCAUUUCAAUACACGUAGUUUAAUGUUACUUCACUCAGUACUUUAAAUGCUAUUUGGAGCCUCACUUAAUGUCAAAACUGCACUUUAGAGUUCUAAAAGAAAAAAGAAAUAUUAAAACAUUAAAAUGUAUCAAAUGUCAGCUAAAGCAAAAUUCCAUUUCAUUGAAACACUGGUUUUAUUUUCAAGGAAAAUGAAAGAAUAAUGUAUUACAAAGCAUCAGAACACGGGUGUUGCAGUAUUAAAAUCAUCACAAAAAAAGAA